UGUUAUGAUGAAUGAAAUAAUCAUGGCUCUAGUGAAGUCUCCAUAACACAAUUAUCACUUGAGAUUGAUAAGCUAUUUGGGGCACAGUGUACAUAUAUACAUUUGGUAAACGAUUGAUUUAUUAAUUUCCAUUGAUUUUGAGAAUGGGAUUCUUAGGAGUUGUAUCCAAGUUGUAGCGCUGUAGCUCGCAACUAACGGUUACUAGCUAGUUAGCUAGCCAACAGUUGCUUGAAAGUCGCACUUGCUGGGCCGAUACAGCUAGCUAGCUAGCCUAUGUCCAUUGCAUUUGAAUAUAAUGAACACUGUACUAUUACAAUCCAGUGCUAGCAAUAUGGUUACCUAGCUCACGAAUCCAGCAGACCAACAACAAUAUCCCUGACGACCUACCUAUUAUGCUUAGUGAGUGUAGGUAUACCGACAGGCAUGCUGACAGGGCCAGUUUAGCUGUAACACCAAGAGGCCAUUGGUGUUGUUAUAACAAUGCUAUCAAAGAUAAUUCAUAACCUAUAGCUAACUGGCUCAUACAGUUAGUAUAUAAGCCAAGAUGCAAGCCCAUUCGAACAACAUGCACCCAUUUUAUUUUUUAGGUCAGCUAUACUCAUGAUGAACUUUGACGGUCUGGACCCAGGGAUGGGUGAAUACGCACCUGCCCUCCAUGGGAGUCUAGAGCCAGGUAUGGAGCCCUCAAUGGACCCACAGCUCAAUCCUGUCUUGUUGCAAGGUGUGGAGCUCAAUCCAGAUGGUUUUACCGUGGCCGUACCCGAAUCUGUGCACAUGAUGGAAGGGAUGUUCUCAGAACUCUACAGUGCAUGCAGAAGUGGUCCUGUCACAGCAACUCACUUUGACCUGCAAUAGGAGCUGCUCUGGAUGGGGAACCACAGGGGGCAUGGAAUGUCCUUUGGUCCCACAAUGGGUCGCUACUCUUCUUUCCAGGCGCACUCAACUGAUGAUAUUCGUCAGAUUCAGAGCAUGGAGACAGGUGUUCUGUUUCUCUCUAAGAGUAAUCUCAAGUGCCAAACUCGUGGAGGCCUUGUCUUGUUCGACUACCUAAUGGAGGAGGGAGCUGACAUGCAUAGUCUGCUUAUGACAGAAAACAACGCAAUGCUCAUGGGUGGACUACAGAAUGAUGUGCUUGAAUUUGACCUUAAUACUGUGCAGCAGACACAAAAGUUUACGGUCGAGGCUCCAGGGGUAGCUAUCAUGCGGCAGUCCAAUCGUUUCUUCUUCUGUGGGAACACAUCUGGGAAGGUGUCGCUUUGUGACCUGCGCACCUUCAAGCUAGAACAUGAGUUUGAUGCCUUCUCCAGUAGCCUGUCAGGCUUUGAUGUCCAUGGCAACCUCUUGGCUGCGUGUGGGUUCUCCAGUCGAGGAAUGAACGAACUAGCGUGUGACCGCUUCCUCAUGGUGUUUGACCUGAGCAUGAUGCGCGCUGUGACACCACUCCAGGUGCACGUGGACCCCCUCUUCUUGCGCUUCAUCCCAACGUACACGUCACGCCUGGCCAUCAUCUCACAGACAGGACAGUGUCAAUUCUGUGAACCCACUGGGCUAGCCAACCUGGCUGAUGUCUUCCAUGUCAACACCUUUGGCCAGUUACUCAUGAGCUUCGAUGUGUCCUCCAGCAAGCAGGCUUUGGUCUUUGGGGACUCUGGAGGAGGUGUGCACCUUUGGUCAGACGCCGCAGAGGUCUCCUACAACGGUUAUUCACGGGAGACUGAAUUUGCUCUGCCCUGUCUGGUGGACUCCUUGCCUCAGCUGGACUGGAUCCAUGACCUGUUGCCCUUGUCCCUCAUCCCCAUGCCCUUUACCAGCUCAGAGCCACUACUGUCAGACUGGGUCACCACACAGGCCACUCCCAGCCCUAGACAAGCACCCCCAGUGGACCCAGAGAUCCUGCAUACAAUGAAGACUGUCGGGUUCAUUGGUUACGCCCCCAAUCCUCACACCCGUCCCCGGAACCAGGUUCCUUACAAGAUCAAGGAGGUGGAGCUGGACUUUGACAACUACAAUCAGGGGGUUCCUGAGUCUCAUAUUGGUCGAGAUGAAGAACCACACCUCUACAUGGUGCCCAAAAAAUACAGGAAGGUCACCAUUAAAUACUCCAAACUUGGGCUGGAAUACUUUGACUUCAAACAUUAUAACAGGACCCUGUUUGCUGGCCUGGAACCUCACAUUCCCAAUGCUUACUGUCACUGCACGAUCCAGGUGUUGUAUUUCCUGGAGCCAAUCCACUGCCUGGUCCAGAACCACCUGUGUCAGAAGGAGUUCUGUCUGGCGUGUGAGCUGGGCUUCCUCUUCCACAUGCUAGACCUGUCACGAGGAGACCCCUGUCAGGCUAGUAAUUUCCUCAGAGCUUUUCAAACUAUCCCGGAGGCGUCUGCCCUGGGUCUGAUCCUGGCUGACUCUGAUGAGCAGACGGGGAAGGCCAGGUUGGGCCGUCUCAUCCAGAGCUGGAACCGCUUCAUCCUCACCCAGCUCCACCAGGAGACCCAGGAGCAGGAGGGGCCACAGGCCUACCGAGGAGCCAGCAGCAGUGUUCUGGGCUCCUCAGGAGAGUCUGUGAUUGGAAGGCAGUUUGGGGGUGAGGUUGAGUACAGCAGCCUGUGUCGCUGUGGAAAGGAGACAGCUGAAGCAGCACAGUUUGAUGUGAACUGGAAGCUUCCGGCCAUCCUGUAUUACGCCAAGAGAAACUACCACUCCAAAUACGACCUACGCAUUAAGAACCCCAUCGAGGCCAGUGUGCUGUUGACAGAGGCAUCGCUGGCGCGGAAGCAGAGGAAGAGCCACGCCACGUUCAUCCCCCUCAUAGUCAGUGAGAUGCCCCGGGUCGGGGACCUCGUGGGACUGGACGCUGAGUUUGUCACCCUCAACCAGGAGGAGGCAGAGCUAGGCAGCGACGGCACCAAGUCCACCAUUAAGCCAAGUCAGAUGUCUGUGGCACGGACCACCUGCGUGCGUGGUCAGGGUCCCAACGAGGGAGUACCGUUCAUCGAUGACUACAUCUCUACUCAGGAGCAGGUGGUGGACUAUCUGACCCAGUACUCAGGCAUCAAACCAGGGGACCUGGAUGCUAAGAUUUCCUCUAAGCACUUGACCACUCUGAAGUCAACAUACCUGAAGCUGCGCUUCCUCAUUGACACCGGAGUAUGCUUUGUAGGCCAUGGUUUACAGAAGGACUUCCGGGUUAUAAAUUUGCUGGUGCUGAAGGAUCAGGUAGUUGAUACCGUCUACCUGUUCCAUAUGCCUCGUAAGAGGAUGAUCUCUCUGCGCUUCCUCGCCUGGUACUUUCUGGGUGAGACCCAUGACAGUAUUGAGGACGCACGGACUGCCCUUGCUCUGUACAGGAAGUACCUGGAACUGAGUUGUGGAGGAGGGAACGACGAAGUCCGCAAAGUUCUGAAGGGACUCUAUGAGAAAGGCCACAAGCUAGACUGGAAAGUCCCUGACUGUGACAUAGGAGAUGGUCAAGGUAGCCCAAAAAGUAUGAAACUGGCAUUGCAUUAGAGGGUGUAAUGUUGGUGGGAUCUGGAUAUUAUUGGGGGUAACUUUAUUUUUAUUAGCAGUAUACGGGAUCUAUCAAUCUUCGUUGAUUGAAUGUAGUCCCCUCAGUACAGUCUUCCCCUCAGUGAAGGGUCUGUGAAGAGUGCCUGAAGACAUUCCUGCCAAACUGAUUUAAUCCUGGUGUUUAAUCAUUUCAAUCAGCCUUUUAUUUAUUGUUAAAACCAGUACUCACAAGGUAUUGACUCCCAUAAAGUAUGAAACUGGACAGGUUAUCAACAAGAGCAGAAUGCUGAAAGAGGUUGUGUCAGUGUCCCAACUUUCCACAUAAUCUUGCUUGCCUGUACAGUACUGAUCUGAUCUGACUCUGCCAUUUACAUUAUUUGAAAAAGGACUGAACAGUUUUGAUCUUCUCCAAAACAGAAGUCAAAACCAUUUCUACUUUCAUUUAGUAUUUUUCUUUAGGUUUGUAAAGAGUGUUUGUCAUUAUGCUGUACAUUAUGCUGCUUACAUGGGCAAAUAAUGUUAACAUUUUGAUAAACUUUUUAUAGUGAUGUUUUUUUUAAAUAAAAGCUUAAUAUAGUA